AUUCCCUUAAAGAUAAUACAACUUCUGUAACCCUAUCGACAGAGCAUCAACCGAGUUCCGCAGUUGUAGUCGUCAUCAAUUCUUGCGUUUACUGGAAUUUACUGACAUGUUACUGAGCGCCUAUAAUUCAGUGGAAAUUAUGUAACGUAGUACCUGCCUUGUUUGUCAGAAAAGCCAUGAACUGUGACGUCACUGGCUACAAAGCUUGUGGCUCAUUGAUACUCAAGCAAACCAGUCGUCAAAACCACGAAGUAGUUCAUCGAUUUAGAUCAGAACUGCGCCAUGGUUCUUCAACAGUGUUUGGCCUGCAAUACAGCGGUAAGAAACUAAACAAAAAUCUUCGCUAGUUUAGUUCGAAAUCUUUCGAUCAGUUACAGCUGCUCCUGUCUAAGUAAUAUUCAAAUUUGUCGAGGAAGUUCUAAUUUUCAUAAAUUCUCUUCAGCGACUCGUCCAAUGGCUUUUCGCGAUCUUCGCUUUUACACCACACUGUUUAUUUGUAUUCUUCCCGUUUCUAAGUCAUUUUUAAAGCAAUAACCAUGCCGCUUAAAUACGAACAUUGAUUCUUGUUCCAAACUAGUAGGUAGAUCCAAUUUAUAUGCGGCUCUAAUUUAGUCGCCCCGACCUCCCAGUGACAACAUGCGUUUAAGAUAGCGAUCCGACCGCGCCGUGGCCCUAGGUUCCUAGUCGUUUACUUGUCCGUAAAAAAACUGGAGAAAAAUUGGAAAUUUCACUUUGAAUAUUACUUGAAAAAAUAGUCCCGUGCAAAAAACACUUCUGAGGAAGCUUGACGAGAAUUUAUUUGAAAGGUCACACAAUAGAAAACUUGCUCUAACAGUCGAAAAAUAGAACCCAAAACCGGCCAUCUUUGACUCUAGAGUGAGUCAGGAGGAUUGUGAUAUUUAGAACAAAGUAAAUUCGUGUAUAACAUCUGUCAAACAAUGAAACGUAUAUAAGCUAAAACAUUAGCACAUAGAAAAGCGAAAGGUCGAAACUAAAAAUGAGUCCGAUAAACGAAAGCUCAUCCUAGGAAAACGCUUUGGGUCCGUUAUUUAAACGAAGUCUAACUUAGACCUCGAUUUAGGAAAUCUUUGAACCUCCAGAUCUCUUCUUUAGUGGGUUAUCUUGAGAAGACAAAUUCUUUUCCAGUCUUCGUUAUAUGCUUUAGUGAAACUGUUCACGAAAAAUGGUGUUUAGAUAAAAGCGUUCGGCAAAGUGAAAACGGCUUAGAACGCGGUUUUGUUCAGUAAGACACUGGCUACUGACUCUGCCUGUGAAUUCUUUCGUGCCCGUUUAGUUCUACUUGUAUACUUAAAAGUAUACUGGGUAAAGGCCCGGCUAGUUGCUUAAGGCAAUAGUUGAAAGGAAGGCACCCUGAGAGUGAAAUUAUAUAAGCUUCCCUAUCAUCAUUCAAUCGCCAAUGCAACAAAAUACGGCGCUUUCUGGCAACGCCUAGCUCGUGUUUCCAACCUUCCUCAUCUAGACUUGAACAUUUGUAAAACCACAACAAACACUGGUCAAAUAACAAGGGCUGGAAAUUUGCGCACUGGGACCAGAAAAGAAGUUGAAAUACGAAAUAGACUGAGCCUGACCGCGGCUGCAGAUAAGCGACAGAAAAGUAAACGGAGAGGGAGUAAAACUUGAAAACACUUCGAACAAAUUUGCCCGAUAUUAGUGACUCUUCCAAAUGCUGAAACUUCAAAUUCCGCAACCAUUUUUUUCUUUGCAGAUUUUCCCACAAAUAACAAAGCGGAAACGGAAAACUGACAAAUAAAUCCUUUUAAAGUGGGCGAGCAGGGCAGGCAGGGCGAAGCCAAAACCUUCUUCCUUUCUUACAAUUGCCGGAUUGCGCGCUUUUGCGAAACAUUUUGUUCUACAGAAUGAUAUCAACAGCAGCAAUAGUUCACAAGUAAAAUAGAAAACAUGGAAGUCGAUGAAUUAAAUAAUAAAUGUCUAGCAAAAUUUUAUGUUUCCGUGAGGAAAACCGACGGCAGCUAUUUUAAGAAAACCAGCUUGUUGUCGAUCAGAGCCGCCCCCGACCGACAUCUUAAAGCCCCAAAAUCUUUCAAAAACAUGUCUCUUUUUUAUUUUAUUUUCUCGAAUAAUCAUCAAUGUAAUUACACUAAAACAAUUAGUCGCUUUCGGUACUUAUUGUUAAAUAAUCUUAACCGAUGUUCUCUUUAGAUGACUGACUCAUGUAUCUCGUGUGUGUGCGGUCAUGUGUUUGAGUAUUCAAAGCAGAUUGGCGGAAAGAGAUUCUCAGGUAAGAUCAGGCGUGCCUUUUUUGUCUCGCGAGCGUAUUGGAAAUCUAACAAUCCAAGGCCUCAUCCAAUCUAAUCCCCAGGGCUUUUUCGAGAUUGAGGCCUAUCAUCAUAGUGGAGGUGGUGUCCCGACCACCAAAUAGAGACCUUUUGAUUCUAAGGGACUGUGCAAUAAUUAUCAGGAGCGGGCGGGGGCUGAAAAACUAGAGGGGGGGCCAUUACUUUCUUUUCUGGCUUCAGAAGUUUUAGAUUUUGAGCCAAUGUGGUAAGUACCCCGGUACUUAGCAAAUGUUUUGUCUAAAUCUUCAAUCAAGCGAUCAACAUCCUUCUCGAUACUAGAUGUUACCAGAAACCCAUAAGCGGUUGAACAACCCCUUAUGAGUUUCUGAUGCUACAUAAUAACGUUCGUCAUUAUUGAAGCUGCGACGGCAGCUCAGUCCAGCGUACGCUUACAGUAGCAUGACAAUAUAAAAGGUAUUUACUUAAAGGCAUCUAUGGUAAUGGUGGCGGUGAGGGGUGGAUGUGUGUGUGUGGGUGGGUGGUGGGAGGGGUGGUGCGACGUUAUUUUUAACAUAACAGAGGGGGUUAGAACUAAUUUUUUUUUGUUUUGGAGGGGGGUACUGUCUAAGUUUUUGCUAGAUAACUCUAGUUUUUCAGUCCCCCCCCCUCCUAAUAAUUAUUGCACAGUCCCUAAGACGAGUACGACAACGAGUACAAGAUUUUCGUAGUACUAAGUAGUGCCUGCGCGCGAACCAGCGUCAUUUUGGAGGGAAACGUGGUAAUGAGUGAGAAUGUCGUAAUGGCAGGAACAAGUUAUGAAAUGCUAGAUGUGUUAUCAUUUUGCGAUCGGGAGAGGGCUUAACCUACUCCGAUAAAGAUAACAGUACAAUGAAGCAUUCCGGGGUGUCUAUUUUUUAGAAUACGCGCCAAAAACGUAAAGUCAAAUAUCAUACUCGUAGCCGUUAUCGUCCUUGAACCUAAAGGUCUCUCUAUAAUCUAAUUAUUUCUUUUGGCGAAGUGGGAGCGUAUAAAAGUUAUGGGGGUAGUGAACAAAUUCGCAACUUUUAUUACUAUUCUAGGCUUACGGAAGGAGUUCGUUCACGACCAAGGUAUAUGUUGAGGGUAAAUAAAUCUUGAGUUAUCAACAACAUUUAUCUCCUCAGAAUAUCGUGCUAAAUUGUAUACUCGUCUGGAAGAUAAGAGAGUGAAGAAACUAAAGAGGGAACAACGAAAAGCAGAAACUAAAGACAAAUAUGCGGAUACACCACAGGAAAAUAAGGUACUGGGAUGGCUAACUGAGUAACCAUGAAACAUUCAUUUGGCUACGGUAUAUAAAUUAACUAAUUCAUGAUCAGUUGCCAAAAUUAAUACAACCUUAUCCCCAGGGCUCUUCCCCUUUUCUAGGAGAAAAGAUCUGGGGACGAUGAGGUUUUGAGUUGGAUAAAAAUUAAAAAGGUGAUAUUUUUUGUGUGCAGGAAAGACGCGCUUAGUAAGACCUUUGGUUGUUUGCAUUUUUGUUGAUAGUCAUUCAGUGAUUUUUUUCAAGUGCACUUUUAUGAUGUACAACCCUGGAAAAGUCUUCGUACAUCUCAGCAAUCAUAUUUUAAGUCCGCCAUUGAUAUAUCGGUUCCAAAAAAAACGACCCUUACUUAGCUACCAGGAGACACACCAUUAAAACAAUAUUGCCUUCAGUUGCAAGAACAAAAACAAAAAGGAGCUAAAGAUCAGUGAAAAGUUAUUUCUUUAUUUUUAACAUCCUAGACCAAUAAAAAAAGGAAAUGUGAAGACCUACCGAAGACCAGGACUCACUCUCCCAGAUCAACAACAAUCAACCGACGGAAGAAAAGGAAACGAUAUUCACGCCUGACAGACCCCUCCCUCAGAAGAGUUGUGCUUCCGCCAGAAUUGGUGUCCAGACUUCCAAGUGCUCUGCAGGAAAUCAACCGACGAUUGACGGGACAAAAUAUGAUGUGGUGGACAAUGCAUUUGUUACAACAAACACAAUAAAUAACAGCCGGUCUCUUUUGACUGGUCUACUACACACUUGUGAAAGGAUAGCCUGAGUACCUGGCGGGUUUGUUGUCAUGAUGCCCGGGGUACUUUCUUGGCAGCGGAAACGAGUGGCGUAGCCUAUUUCCCUUUCUUAAACGGUCGUUGCCAUUUUUAACGGUGGAUGCUGCCAUUGAUAACCAAGCCUUAAGUCAUGAUAGAUGUAAUAUAUUCCCUGGACUAAGUUACAAUAAAGCAAAUGAUACGUUUUUGAAUAGUGUUAGAAGGAAGGAUGUUGAAGCCAAAGUUGAAUUUACGUUAGAAAUGAUGGAAAGUGCUAGGGUCACCAGUUAUUAGUAACGUUUUUGGUAAUAUCCUUGAAUCGCAUCGUUCGGUCUUUGGCGGGUUGGUAUUGUACGGUGUAGUGGUAGGGGAGAGAGAUUGGAUACGAAAGGUCCGGGUUCCGGCGAGGUCUGAGUUCGACCCUGGGUUGCGAUCUUCUUUCUUUUUAAUAGAAAACUCUCAAUAACAGGUAAAAAAAAAUUUAAUUGUCUUAAAAAUGGCAGCGACCUUUUACGAAAGGAAAAUUUGCAGCGGCGAAACAUUGAGAGAGAAUUUGUUCCCAAUAUUCUCACGACUCCGCUGUCGAAAAUAACUACACUAUUCGCCCGCUUAUCCCGCCAGCUACGCUGACGAAUAAAAAAAAAACUAUCGACAGUAGGAGUCCAUAACCUCGUUCAUGGGCCACUGUCGACAACUACAGGACUCCCGAAACACUAAGGUCUAGGCCAAACGUCGAACUUUUCAUGAGACGAACCAAACUUACCGUACAUCCUCUAUUAAGCGCCCUCCGUCCUAAUAACCCCCCUUUCCAGGGGAAGAAAGUUAAUAAGCCCCCCCUCUCUAUUAAGCCCCUCCCUCCCCUCUCCUAAUUAUUCUUCAUUGAUAAAUGAUAGACUGUAUUAAUCAACCACGACUUUAAAACUUCCUGUGGACUGAUCCGGGAUGGUUUAUUUACCAACUGCAAGUUCGGAUGCGAUUCUGAUCCUCGGCUUCAAGACCUAAAACGUCUUGUACUUGAGCUUUUCUACUCCGUAUUCUACUUCUUUAUGGAGAACUGAUACCUUCGUCCUUUCUACAUUAAAUAAGCCCCCUCUCUCAAAUAAGCCGUAUGUCUCUAUUAAUCCCCCCCCCCCCCGCCC